UCGAAGAGUUCAUUCGAAAAAAUAACAUUGAACGGGACGGACGCUAAAAUGCUGAACUGAAGAUAGUUGUGGGUGUUUUUUUAUACAGUGAUUUUGUACGCUCCCGCGCCGCUUCAGCCCAAAACGCAGAGGACGAACGAGGAAGUCACGCAUAAAAUCAAAAUAAGCAAAAACUUAAAAUACCAAAUCAAAUAAUAAAGUGCAAUUUGUGAAGUUAGAAAUCAGUUAACGAUACCGUUAAGCAACAGAAUACCAAUAACAACAACAACAACACCAACAAAUCAAAAUUCAUCAUGAACUCGUGCAAAUGCAUGAAUGUACAAGUCGGCCACUCUAGUAGCGACAAUAACAAUAAGCCCGAAGCGAUCGAUUUGACUGUGAUGCUUAUGAACUUUAAGGAGAAACAUCCGAAUUUUACCUACUACGAAAAAUUUAUAGAUUUCUUCACCAAUGCAAUCGGCCCUAUUCAGGAUGUGAGCAUAAAUAUCGUCCAUCGUGAAUUGGUAUACACCUUACCCUUCGAUGAGCAGAAUGAGAACUGGCGCUUCUACAUGUGCAUGAACUGCACGGACGUGGUGUUUGGGCGACGCUCCGAGGGUGAAACGCCGCUCAAUGGCUGGUACAUCAAUGCGAGUCUGCGGUGCACCGAGAAGGAUCUGAUGUACAGAUGCAACGACAAGUCCUAUUCGGAAGCGUUUAAGAUCCUGAUUCCGGACUUUACAGCCCUGGCACCUGAGGCAGCUGAAGCGGCCGUAACAUCCAAUCCGUUCAUUGACCCCACUCUGAGCGACAGCCUGCUGCAGCGCCUUAAGAUACUGGAGAACUGUCACAAAGAGGGCGUGGAGGCCGAGAUCAAGGCGACCACGGAGCGCGUCGAGCGGUACACGGAUCAGCAGUUUGCGAUGCUCAAGAGCUAUCAGGAGAAGGAGAAGCAGGACUACGCGCUCCUGAAGCGCAUCAUCAUGCAAGUACCUGACAGGGCGCUGCAGCUGCUCGACAAUGGCCAGCUUGCUGCCCUGGAGGUAACGGGUGCCGGCAACGUCGGCGGGGGGUUGGGCAUGGGAGCUGCAGCUUCUGCCCAGUCAACGUAUGGGGCUCGACGCCGGAACACGAUUAGCAGCCGCCGCGACUUGGGUAUGCCGAUCACACCGACCACGCCCUUGGUGGGUGGGCCGCCCAACUUUUUGGCGUUCACACAGGAGCCACAACAGCAGCAGCCGCAGCAGACGUCGCAGCCGCAGCCUCAGCAGACGUUGCAGCCGUCGCAGCCGCAGCCGCAGCCGCAGCAACAGCAGCCUCCGUUACCUAGCGCCACAAUUUUGAGUGCGCGCAAAAUGUCAAACUUUGAUACACCGCCUGCCACACCAGAAGCCACGCCCAUGAGCGUGGGCAACAGCCCCACCUUUAGGCAGCAGCAGCAGCAACAGCCCUCGGCAUUGGCCAGCAACAGCCUGCUGCCGAUGUCGCCGGCUGCUGCCGCUGAUGAUCCCGACGAGUGUCUAUUUGAUCUGGAGGAUGUUGAUGGACCACAAGGCCACACAUCCCACAACUAUCAGCAGCAGCAACAGCAGCAACACCACCAACAGCACCACCACCAAUAUCAGCGACUGCAGCAGCAGCAGCAUCAACAGCUGCAACACCAUCAACAGCAACAGCAACAGUUGCUAAAUCAGCACGAAGACAACAUGAGCGAUGCAGAUGAAGCAGAGGAUGCUCUCGAUUUGGAUAGCUCAGUGGCCAUUGCGAUGCAUGGAGGUAAAGGGCGAGGCUCUUCAACGGCGCAGAUGCAUUUUGCGAAUUACGCACGGAGUCUGCCCGUUGAGAUAGCCAAUUCUCCGCUGGCGGAGCGUGCCAAUAAUAAUAACAAUCAGCAGCAUGUGCUGCUCGAGGAUGAGGAGGUGCUGGACAAUACGGUGGAUAUUGCAGCUAGCAUCAAGGCCUUGGCCAAGAGUGUUCAUGGCGAGGCGGUGUUUGGUGACUUGCCACGCCCACGCUUGAGGUCACAGAUCUAAUAGAGGAGGGCAAUGGAACCAACCACACCAACAACAACAACAACUACAACUAUGUGCACCAUAAUUUGUUAAAGGAAAAGUGAGGAGCAGUCCUCAGUUGUUUAUGCUAAACUAAAUUAGUUUGCUCAAGUUAAAAUUUGGACUCUUGAAGCGCCUUCAUCCAACACAUACACACACUCACACACCCACUCACGCAUACUAUGUGUAUAUGCAUAUAUACACUCACAUCAACACACCUGCAUAGGCAUAUGCACCCUAAACAUUUAAUUAAGAUACAAGAAAAUCAAAUAUGUUGAAGCAAAUUCAUGUAAUUUUUUCUCAAUUAUCAUUUGGAAAUACUUUCUGCUUCCCUUCUACAUAUAUAUAUAUAUUUUCUGAUAAGUGAAAAUGUGUAUUUUCUUUUGCAACGUAUGAAAAGUGUCAACGGGGCUGUUGUUGGCCACCGUCACAUUUGCAAUCAAUUAACUGAUGAUGUUGUUAGUUUAUACAAUGAAUUAAUUAUAUAUCUCUAUGCAUACAAA